UGUUUUCUCGGGCCUCGAACUCGCGCGCUCUCUUCCCCUCCCCCACCCCGGCGUGCGGCGGGGCGGAGAAACGGCGGCGGCGGCGACAGCGGCGGUAGCAUCGGACACCCUCUUCUCUCCUCUCCGGCGAACCGGUUCCUCUUCCCCCUCCCUCUCACUGUUUGUUGUGUGUUUGAUGUGUUAAAGCAGGAGCGAGCACGCGAGCAGCGCCAUGAGCAACACUACCGUCGUCCCCAGCACUGCGGGCCCAGGCCCCAGCGGCGGGCCCGGUGGCGGAGGCGGUGGCGGUGGCGGCGGCGGCACCGAGGUAAUCCAGGUGACUAAUGUCUCCCCGAGCGCUAGCUCUGAGCAGAUGCGGACACUCUUCGGUUUCCUAGGCAAGAUCGACGAACUGCGCCUCUUCCCGCCGGAUGACUCACCUUUGCCAGUUUCAUCUCGGGUGUGCUUUGUUAAGUUCCAUGAUCCAGACUCAGCAGUUGUGGCGCAGCAUCUGACAAACACUGUAUUCGUUGACAGAGCUUUGAUAGUCGUACCAUAUGCAGAAGGAGUUAUUCCUGAUGAGACUAAGGCUUUGUCUCUGUUGGCACCAGCUAAUGCAGUGGCAGGUCUUCUGCCUGGUGGUGGACUCCUGCCUACUCCUAACCCACUUACCCAGAUUGGCGCUGUUCCAUUGGCUGCUUUGGGAGCUCCAACUCUUGAUCCUGCCCUUGCUGCACUCGGGCUUCCAGGAGCAAACUUGAACUCUCAGUCCCUUGCUGCAGAUCAGUUGCUGAAGCUUAUGAGUACUGUUGAUCCCAAGGGCAUCUUUAGCCUUUCCAGUCAGGAUUUCAUGUGUAACUUUGGUGGGCCAUUGGCCUCUGCCUCAGUUUCUCCCCAUCUGCAAACAAAAAGGUUGAAUCAUGUAGCUGCUGGUCUUGUUUCACCAAGUCUGAAAUCGGAUACCUCUAGUAAAGAAAUAGAGGAAGCUAUGAAGAGAGUACGAGAAGCACAGUCCCUUAUUUCUGCUGCUAUAGAACCAGAUAAGAAAGAAGAAAAAAGAAGGCAUUCACGAUCAAGAUCACGUUCUAGGAGGAGGAGGACUCCUUCAUCUUCUAGGCACAGGAGAUCACGAAGCAGAUCAAGGAGGCGAUCACAUUCUAAGUCGAGGAGUAGACGACGAUCCAAAAGUCCGAGACGGAGAAGAUCUCAUUCCAGAGAGAGAGGUAGAAGAUCAAGGAGCACAUCAAAAAACAGAGACAAAAAGAAAGAAGACAAAGAAAAGAAACGUUCCAAAACACCACCAAAAAGUUACAGCACAGCCAGACGUUCUAGAAGUGCUAGCAGAUCAUACUGUAUUUUAAAGCCUACUUUGCAUAUUGGUGAUUCUAGAGAGAGACGACGACGACGAAGCAGGAGUGGAACAAGGUCACCUAAAAAGCCUAGGUCUCCUAAAAGGAAACUGUCUCGUUCACCAUCCCCUAGGAGAUUUUACUGUCAUUCUAGACAUAAAAAGGAGAAGAAGAAAGAUAAAGACAAAGAAAGAAGCAGAGAUGAAAGAGAACGAUCAACAAGCAAGAAGAAGAAAAGUAAAGAUAAGGAAAAGGAACGGGAAAGAAAAUCAGAGAGUGAUAAAGAUGUAAAAGUUACACGGGAUUACGAUGAAGAGGAACAGGGGUAUGACAGCGAGAAAGAGAAAAAAGAGGAGAAGAAACCCACAGAAGCAGGAUCUCCCAAAACAAAGGAAUGUUCUGUGGAAAAGGGAACUGGUGACUCACUGAGGGAAUCCAAAGUGAAUGGUGAUGAUCAUCAUGAAGAAGACAUGGACAUGAGUGACUAAAUUUUGCCUCUGAAAAUCCAACUGUGUACAUGCAUCAGUGUCAUUCCUUUGUGUGAUUUCUUAAUGCUGUAUUUGUUCAUCUCAAACCUAGAUGUAUACAGCUCUGAGUUAUAAAUGGUUAUAAAGCUCCUGAUACUGAUAAUAGUAAUUUACAUCCAAAGCUUUUUUAAAAUGGUACCUGGAUAACCAAUUUUUGUCAUGGUGAAAUCUGAUUGAGUAUCCAAGCAGUUUUACUAUUCUGGUGCUGCUUCCUAACAGAAAUGAAAAGCUGCAUGCAUCUACAGCAGGCAUGGAUUGUUUAUGUUGUAUGAUCUCCUUUAUUAAGUUCACUUAACGUAUUUCUAGAAUUUGAUUCAUUGCCGUAAUAGAGCCAUGUAGGGAAUGCACUGAUUGCAUGUUAUUGUGGCAAGAAUAUCUUAAAUGUCAUUAAACCCUCCAAAUAUGAUGGAUCUACUUACGGUCUUGUUUGUUGACAUGACAGAUUAACAUUCUUAAUAGUUACAUCUGGAAUUGAGCAUUUGAAAUAGAUAAUCCUUUAAGCCUUGUGGCUAAAUUUUUGUGGCUUUUGUUUAACUUUGAAAGGUUAUAUAUGCACUAACCUUUUUUGAUGGCUAAUUAGGCAUUAAUUACAGAAACAAGAUUUCAAAUAAAACUGUCUUUGGCAGUAAGUAAAUAGCAUAUUUUGAAAUAGAGUUGUAUACUUUUUCAUAAGGUGUUUGGAAAUUUUUUUUCCUGAAAUAAUUUAUUCCACGUCUACAUCAGUGAAAGCUAUCUGCCUAUUCUGAAUCCAUCUGUAAAAGAAACUUUUGUCCUGAUUUUCAGUUUUAUUAAUUUGUUUAUGCUCAGUGUUGGAAAAAGGGGAUAGUGCAUUUUAAAUUGACCUUCAUAUUCUUUUUAAGUAAGACAAAUCUACUUGAUAAUGUACUUUUUAUUUGAUCUCAAGUUGUAUAAAACCAAUAAGUUGUGUUACUAUUACUGCAGUAGUAAUCUUAUGCACACAGUGAUUACAUGUUAUAUACAAAGUAGUUAGGCAACUGUUUUCUUAGUUACAGGAGUUUCAAGCUUCACUUUUGUGCAGUAAAAACAAAAGUAGGCUACAGUCUGUGCCAUGUUGAUGUACAGUUUCUGAAAUUGUUUUACAAGACUUUGAUAAUAAAACCCUUAAACUUAU